AACAUAGGAGCAUCAUUCAGUCUUCGUACAUCUUUCGUGUUCAGAUAGAGCAAAAAAAAUCCACCAUUAUAAAAAUGAAGUGCCUGAUUGCUGUGGCUUUCCUUGCUCUGAUUGUCGUCGCUUUUGCUGACGAGCCAGCAGCUGUUGCACCUACCCAAAACGAAAACGCAGUUGAGCCAGUCAAAAUCGAAAAUUCAAAGGAUGUGAGAGAUAAGAGAGGAGUACUGGUUACAUCAUACGCAACGGCCCCAAUUUCUGCACCAGUUGUAUACGCGUCUUAUGCUGCGCCAGUCCCAUACGUCUACUCAGCAGCCAUCCGGCAAUACCCAACAACAUAUGUCGCUGGUUACCCUUACAGUCCAGUGAAAUACGUUUUGUAGAUUAAUUUAGCUUUCUUCGAUGGAUCAACGAUUGUUUCUUAGAACUAUUUUUUCAUCGAAUAUGUAUAAUUUUAGUGACAUCGAUAUGAUUUGGUAAAUAAUUUGUACUGAAAGUACACUGUUAAAGUUAAAUUAGCGACGAUUUGACCAUUAAUGAUACUGUCCUCAUUUCAUCUUCACUCUGUCGUUUAUUUUCAGAUAAAUAAAUGCUCUAAACAAUAA